UUGUCACUCGACAAAUUUUUCGGGAGUUUCCCAGCUGAACACUGCUCCUGGGGCACUUUUCGCUUAUCGUCUCCCAUCUCCCAACUAGAAAAACUACAGCAUCUCCAUAUAACCUCUUCGUUCAAGAAAUAGUGAUUACCGAAUCAAUUCUUCACAAUCCACCACCAUGCUCUUCCCUUCCUCCGCCCCUGCCCUAGCUGCAAAAUACAACCUCCUCCCCACGCAAACCACCCACCGCAUCAACCUCCUCAACGCCUUCUCCCUCUCCCCAGACCCAAACUUAACCCCAUCCCAAACCCCAAACACCCGAAUCCUCGAAAUAGGCUGCGGCCAAGGCGACUGCACCGCCCUCCUUGCCCAUCUCAUCGGCCCCACCGGCCACAUCGACGCUAUCGAUCCCGCGCCUCUCGAUUAUGGCUCUCCAGAAACACUCGGCGCAGCGCAAGCUCGAUUGAAAAUGCAUCCUGAAAUUGGCGGCAGGAUUUCAUUUCACCAAUGUACGCCCGAUGAGUUUUUCGCCAGGGCUUCCACCCAGGGACUAGAGCCAGGAGACUACAGAGAGGGAAGAGGACAAAGAUAUGACGCCGCGAUCCUCUGCCACUGUUUGUGGUAUUUCAGCAGUUCCACAGACGUCUUAAAUACGCUACGGGCAGCUAAGCACCACGCCCACAAACUCUGUGUCGCGGAAUGGAGUCUGGCAUCCCAACAUCCAGCCGCAAUGCCGCAUGUCCUUACUGCGCUAACGCGUGCAGCGUGUGAAGCGCAUAUUCCCGACUCGGACCAGAAUAUUCGGACACUUUUGUCGCCGGCGGAGAUUAAGAAAUUGGCAAAGGAGGCGGGGUGGGGGGUUGUGAGGGAAGGGAUGGUGCACCCUGAUGAAGAACUAGACGAUGCGAAGUGGGAGGUCAAUAUGCUAUUAGGGGAGGACGACGGGGCGGGGUUUUUACGACGGGCGCGUGAGGACGUUGGAGGUGUAGGUCUAGAGAGGGAGAGGGUUUUAGGGUUGUUGGCAAGUAUGCUUGAUUCUGUGAAGGAGAGUGUGAAGGGUGUUUGUGAUGGUGGGGGAAACGUGAGGUGUAUGGAUGUUUGGUGGGGUAUUUUUGAAUGAGUGGAGAGUGUGUUUGGCACGCUGUUCAGACUUCUGGGAAGCAUAAUGACUAUUUUAUAAUCGGUCUCAAAGCUCAGCCAAAUACAUCUUUUUGUAAGUUUCAUGUGAAAUAUAU